UCCUGGACGGUUGCCCCUGAUUUUACACAUCAUGCCCACUCUGCCUCCUUGUCAGCGGUAGCAGUGAAUAACAGAUAUGUGGUCACUGGGAGCAGGGAUGAGACGAUCCAAAUCUAUGACAUGAAAAAGAAGACAGAACAUGGGGCACUGCUGCAGCACAAUGGCACAGUAACUUGUCUGGAGUUCUAUGGUGCUGCACAUCUACUCAGUGGGGCUGAAGAUGGACUAAUUUGUAUCUGGAACACAAAGAGAUGGGAAUGCCUGAAAUCCAUUAGGGCACAUAAGGGGCAAGUGACGUCUCUCUCUAUUCAUCCUUCUGGGAAAUUGGCUUUGUCAGUAGGAACAGAUAAAACAUUAAGAACUUGGAAUCUAGUAGAAGGACGAUCAGCCUUUAUCAAAAACCUGAAGCAAAAUGCCCACAUAAUUAAGUGGUCCCCUGAUGGAGAGAGGUAUGUGACCGUGAUAACAAACAGAGUGGAUAUCUACAGACUUGACACAGCUUCAAUCACUGGCACGAUCACAACAGAGAAGAGAAUUUCUUCACUUAUAUUUAUUACAGAUUCUAUCCUUGCCAUAGCUGGAGAUGAUGAAAUGAUAAGGUUCUACAGCUGUGACUCUCACAAAUGCCUGUGUGAAUUCAAAGCUCAUGAAAACAGAAUUAAAGAUAUCUAUAGUUUUGAAAGAGAAGGACAACAUGUUAUUGUUACUGCAUCCAGUGACGGUUACAUUAAAAUGUGGAAUCUGGAUCUUAAUAAGAUUAAAGAUGUGCCAUCUUUACUGUGUGAAGUCAAUACCAAAGCUAGGCUGACAUGUCUUGCAGUAUGGCUUGACCAAGCUUCAGAAAUUAAAGAAAAUUCUGAUAAAGCUGCAACAUCAUCUCCAGCAAACAAAGAUGAAAAAUCAUCAAUAGUCAGGAAAAAUAAAAUUUAUUGGACUGGUAAAAAUGAUAAAACAGCAAAAAGAAAGAGAAAAAUUACUCCAGAGAAACAAAAACUGGAAGCUCCGCUGCAAAAGAAGAAAAAGAAACGGAAUAGCUCAGCAUGA